AUGGCAGAUAGAAGUCAAUAUGAAAAUUACAGAUUUAGGAUGAAGAGCGGUAAGGACAUUAAUGGAUACAGAGGUGAUGUUGACUGGUCCGACUUAGUAAAAGAUAUCGAGAAGAAGCGAACGGAACGUAUAACAACAAUACCAUAUGAAUUUCAGUUGGAUCACUACCCAGAUGAGGCCUGGUGCAACAAGUGGCAGGUGAUUUUUGAUCUGGCCAGCGAAGGUCUCAAUUCUGAUUCAAUGAAAUGUUUUCAGGGUCACAGGCAAGGAUAUCAAGAAGCUAUCAUCUCAGAUUUCAACACUUUAAGAUUGGCACACGCGUCUCAUAUUGAUUCAUUGUCAAAGAUGAAUCGGUUAUCUUCUAAUAUUUUGAAGGAGCACCCGAUAGAAUGGGUUCGAGUUAUUGAGAAAUACAAUGAGGCAUUCAAUGAAAUGAAGCCCAAAAUUGACGCCAACAUCGAUCGCGUUGAAGAUCCCAGUGCAAAGGCGGCUGUUAAGAUUGCCUUUGGCCAAAUCAAACUAUACCACAUUCACUGGUGCGAACAAACAACUUGGUAUUAUAAGUCAUACUUGCAGCCGGUAUGGGCCAUCCUCCACUCCUUAAGGAAAUUGAUUCAAAGAAAUACCAUAAUGAGUUACAGCUUCUCAGUUUCGAGGGCCAUAUUGUAUGGUGCAAUAGGGGCCGUAAUUGGCCUGCCAAACAGAACCAAGUUAUUCAAAGUUCCAUUUUCUGAGGCAAAAGGUGUGCACGUUUCAUUUAUCAUUAUGAUGGUGUCUUUGUGUGUUUAUAUUUUGGUGCUGGUGUUGUAUUGGAAAAUUUUUCGAUGGGCUGCCAACGACGGAAAAUUGUAUUUGGGCGGCCAACUGGCUCAACUUGCCGAAGAGAAUUGGAAUUACAGAGCCUUCCCUUUAAUGCCACCGCACCACAAAUUCUUCAUGUUUGCGAAGAGAUAG